ACACGACUGACGUUCACGAUAACACGCCUUUCGAGACUACGCGCGACCAAAAACAUACACAUACACAAACACUACACAACCUUAACAACAUUACACAACAUGCCUCUCGUAGUUCCCGGUCUGCAGUCAAAGGACGGAAACUCUGGUGAUGACUGGAUGAGCAAGCUCAUGGGCAAGAAGCUUGGUGACCAACAUGAUGAGAUGACCUUCGCGAAGACCGAUCUUCCCCAACAACACCGCGUCCUCAAGCCCGACUCGAUGCAAACCAUGGACUUCCAGCCCGAAAGGUUGAACGUCCAUGUUGAUGAAGACGGCACCGUCAAGAAGGUUACUAAGGGUUAGGGUCCCCCUGUCUGGAAUAGCUACGAAGACGGGAUGGGUAUACCAGUCGGAAUGCAGAAAUGAAGAAUGAAGCCAUGAACACACAUAGAUCAGGGUUCGGGCUCUUACGGAAGCCAUAAUAGGACGCGUUCAAGUCAUGGAACUACACAAGACUCUCGUACAAUGCCAGAUAAUCACAGUGAUGUGUGGUAAUCGAUGACAAUGCCUUCAUUUGACAUAGAACUCCGAAGAUUCGCCUUUGCGAAGAUGACGAA